AUGGGAAAUGCCUCUGAACCGUUAUUCAUAUCCAAGAUAUCCAAAGAGCACGACUUCCUGCUGGGGGUGUCGUACAGCGUGUUUGGUAUCUUCUCUCUGAUGGGAAACACAGUUCUGCUGUUUGUAGCUCAUCAGAAGAAAACAUCUCUGAAGCCGGCCGAGUUCUUCGUGGUGAAUCUGUCUAUCAGUGACCUGGGCAUGACCAUCUCGCUCUUCCCCUUCGCCAUUCCCUCAGCGUUCUCACACAGAUGGCUCUUUACUGAAGCGUUCUGUGUGUGUUACGCUUUCUGUGGCGUUCUGUUCGGACUGUGCAGUCUCAGCAAUCUCACCAUCCUGUCGUCCGUCUGCUGGCUCAAAGUCUGCUGCCCCAACUAUGGAAGCAAGUUCUCCUCGUCUCACGCCGUGCUCCUGGUGGUGGGGGUGUGGUGCUACUCCGCCGUCUUCGCCGUGGGUCCCGUCUUGGGUUGGGGCCAGUACACGUACGAACCGUACGGCACGGCCUGCUGCAUCGACUGGUUCGCCCCGCGCGAGAGCGCCCUCGCCAUGUCCUACAUCGUCUGCCUCUUCUUCUUCUGCUACGUGGUGCCGUGCACCAUCAUCUUCCUCUCCUACGCCUUCAUCCUGGUGACGGUGCGAGGGUCCCAACAGGCCGUGCGGCAACACGUGUCCCCUCAGAACAAGAUCCUCAACGCGCAGACCCUGAUCAUCAAGCUCUCCGUGGCGGUGUGUAUCGGCUUCCUGGUGGCGUGGAGUCCGUACGCCGCCGUGUCCAUGUGGGCGGCCUUCGUGGAUCCGGAUUCGGUCCCUCCGCUGGCGUUCAUGAUGGCGGCCGUGUUCGCCAAGUCCUCCACGCUCUACAACCCCGUGAUCUACCUGGGCUUCAAACCCAACUUCCGCAAGUCUCUGAGGAGGGACGCCGCCAAGUGCAGGCGGGUGCUGUGCCCGUGCCUGAACCACGCCAAGGUGGCGCAGAAAAGCACGGGGAGUUCUCAGAAUAACGGUCAGGACGACUGCCAGUCCACUCACCUCUCCAACGGACCUCACCGGAGCCACCGGACGUGCAGGCACUGUCCGGACCACGGUAACACCGAGUACUCAGGCUCGACCCCGCAGAGGACGGUUCGGAUCCUCGCCGGGAACGCGCACAGUGAGGUCGCGGUCAGUCAGCUCUCCGACGAGAUGCAGAGUGACUUCCUAUAGGGAACAUUCAGGACCUGAACUAUUUUAAAGCUUCAAUUCUUACAUCUGCGCCGUUUUGGAACCUCGUUCUGCUCUUGCUAUUAUUUUAUUUAAUGAUAUUAUUUCUAUUAUUUUCUAUUAUUCAUUAAUUAAUUCAUUUAUUUAUUUACUGUCUGUUUAUACAUU